CCCUCCUUUGACUUUAUAUUUUUUUUUUUUUUCUCUUGCUUAAAAAAAAAAAAAAAAAUUCAAAAAAUAGAAGAAAAAAUGUCCAACACAACCUCAGAAUACCCAGAUGAUGUUGUCAAUAAACAAGACCAAGAUGUGAAUUUGCAAGAAGAAGAUCAACUUACACUUCGCGCUCUUGUUUCUACUAAAGAGGCAGGUGUCAUUAUUGGUAAGGGAGGUAAGAAUGUCGCCGAGUUAAGGGAAUCUACUGGUGUCAAAGCAGGUGUUUCAAAAGUGGUUCAAGGCGUUCAUGAUCGUGUUUUGACUGUCAGUGGUACAUUAGAAGGUGUCGCAAAGGCUUACUCUUUAAUUGCCCGCACCAUGUUAGAAAACCCUAUAUCUACUACCGCUACCACGACAACGACUACCACUACCACUAAUAACGCCAGUACUACAUCACCUACACCUGCCAACACAAUUAAUCCUGUAGUUACGUUGCGUUUAUUGAUUUCACAUAAUUUAAUGGGGACUGUGAUUGGUCGUCAAGGAGCAAAGAUUAAGCACAUCCAAGAUAUCUCUGGUGUACGCAUGACAGCUUCCAAAGCAUUAUUACCUCAAAGUACUGAACGAGUGGUUGAGGUUCGUGGUACAGUCAGUGCUAUUCAACAAGCUGUUGCUGAAAUCGGACAAUGUCUGAUUGAAGACAAAGAUAGAGCCUAUGGCACAAUUUUGUAUAAUCCAUCCAAAGUCACUACCACUGCAAAUGCUGCUGGUUCAACAUCAUCUAUCUCCACACCCAAUGAUUUGAAUCAUAACAACUCAAGUAACAACAAUCAUAGACGUUCUUCUAUUACACGUACAGGUAAUGGAUCCGAUUUCAGUACCAGUGUGGAUUAUAAUGGACGUCGUGCUUCUUUCAACAACAACAACAACAAUAAUAAUAAUAAUUCCGAUGUUCGUACCCAACACAUUUCAAUUCCUUCUGAUAUGGUUGGUUGUAUCAUCGGUAAAGGCGGUUCCAAAAUCUCUGAGAUUCGUCAAUUAUCAGGUUCGCAUAUAUCCAUUGCUAAAGUACCUCAUGAUGAAUCGGGUGAGAGAAUGUUUACCAUUCAAGGUACUUCCGAAUCAAAUGAACGCGCUCUUUACUUGCUCUAUGGUCAACUUGAAAAUGAAAAAGAACGUCGUCUUCGUGGUGUUAUGCAAGAAGAUCCCUUGUUAGAAGAUGCUUAAAAAAAAAAAUAGGCAUCUACUAAUCUUUUACUCAACUCUCUUUUGUACCAUUUUCUUCUCUUUCUCUCUCUUUCUCUCACAAACACACACCUUAUUAAAAACACCUUUUUUUUUUUAUAUUUAUACAUAUAUAUUAUUA